GUAGGUUCCUGGAAGGUCAUUGUUCACAUUGGCCCAAACAACUAAUAUUUCUACGUCUUUGUUUCAAAGCAGCAGAUUCUGUCCAAAACCGACGGUCAUAAUUUUUUUUAGUAGAUGUUAGUUGGCUGACACCCCUCGUGAUGAAUAUAUCCCUGGGAUGAACGCAGCCCCCCCUGGCUCUCCCCUGAAACCCGUUCGUCAGGGCGUUUGGCGUGUGUGUGACGUGUGUGUGGAGGCAAAACUGGGAUUGGCCAGAGCUGGGAAGGUCUGGUCCCAGAAAGACCAAUAGAAUGUAGAUCAACACAUGAGGAAGGUGUUGUAGCCUAAUGUAACUUACAGUAACAAAAGAAAAACAUUAUUCAUCAUCCAUAUCAUCAUAUGGACUUGUUUAUACAAUAAAUCAAACUUCUACAUAUUAUGAUAUUCUAUUCAACUCCUUAGGCCUAAAUCUGUUCAUCUUUUUCAAAUGUAGAAAUUAUUUUAUAUUUGUCCAUUCAAAUCAAAACUGAACUUGACAGAAUCACCGCUGUCAUUUUCAUUACAAAUCAUGUUGAUCAGUACUCGCCGAUUCCCAGCUCUACAUGGAGACGGGUGUUGGUGCGCUCCGUCCACCCCCGUGCUCUCAGUGAGAUGGUUCAGUCCAGUGUGGGGCCGCCCCUUCUCCGGAUCGGAUACGGCGGUUCUAAAACCCCAGACCCAUUUUAUUGAGGGUCCUCCUGUCAAACCGUCAUCCUCUUUUUUCUAUUUUUAAACCUAAACCAACUACACUGGAAAGGAAAGGAAUUAACUGGAGGCACAGAGUAUCAUAUUAGAUCGAAGAACACACCGACAGGACGCAUCUUUUUCUGGGGGAGAUAUGAUCUGGAGUCAGAUCAGAACGGUGCAGCAGCGAGGCGAUGCCCUCAUUAUAGAGACUCCUCGUUUUUCUGACUGGUUUUCUCUAAACUAGUUAAUGUCGACAAUUGUAACAGCGUUGAAGUGUACCGACCAAAGAGAACUCUGUGUGUCGGCGUUGUCGUACGGAGGGAAGUGAAACCCUACGCAUGACGUCGGGUUCAUUCAUUCAUCCGCUAUGCGGAACAGCAUCCUUUGCGCCUCUGUGAUUUGGAGCUUUUUACGCGAUUAACCCGAUCCGGGAUCCUUCCUCUUCUGUCCUUCAUGAGAUCUUGUUCGUGACAUGAAGGCAGAUGUCAAGUCGAGGCUUCCUUGGUCUCGUGUUUUAUACUGAAACGUUCUCGUUGACGUCUGGACCCCAGCAUCCUCUGAGCUACCGUAUCUCCAUGGUUCCGAUGGUCUCUGAUGUAAUGAGAAGAUAAGCUCCUACCCAGCUCCUCUGUUUCUAUGGUAACGGAACGACUGAGAAAUAAUCGCGUGAAGUAUACAUUUAUAAAAUCUACAUUUGUGAUGCUGGACGUUGUAAAGAUGAAGGAGGUCUGCCGGAUUUGUGCCCGCGAGCUCUGUGGCAACCAGCGCCGCUGGAUCUUCCACCCCAACUCCAAGCUCAACCUGCAGGUGCUGCUGUCGCACGCCCUGGGUCGGGAGCUGGUGCGGGACGGCCGCGGCGAGUUCGCCUGCUCCAAGUGCGCCUUCAUGCUGGACCGCAUGUACCGGUUCGACACUGUGAUAGCUCGCGUCGAGGCCUUGUCUCUGGAGCGCCUGCACAAACUGCUGCUGGAGAAGGACCGACUCAGGCAGUGCAUCGGCGGUCUGUACCGUAAACACAACCCGGGGGACGGCCUCCUCUGCCCCGCCUCCCACCCGGGCGCCGCCGUGGAGACGUCCACCGAGGGCUCGGCCGUGGUCGACCUGUCCUCCCUGCAGGACGCCCGGUACUCCGAGAUGGUCCAGGAGGAUCUGACCUACUCCCUGUACGAGUCCUGGGCGGACAAGGAGGAGGCGGACCCCCAGGCCCAGCCCCACCACUGUCCCCAGAACCAGUGCCCAGGCCCAGAGCUCCUCCCGGGGCAGAAGGCGCGGCGCUGCCGGGGCUGCGCCGCGCUGCGCGUGGCGGACUCGGACUACGAGGCGGUGUGCCGGGUGCCCCGCAGCGUGGGCCGGAGGAGCACCUCCUGCGGCCCCUCCCCCCGCCGCUCGCCCAGCGCAGCGGGGGGGGCGCGAGGAGGAGGAGGAAGAGGAGGAGGACCCCCCCCGCACCCCCUCCCAGGGACUCGGGACGCCACGGCCCUGGCCUCGGCCACGCUGUGCCGACCACACCAGCGCCGGCCUGGGCUCCUCGCUGGAGUCCCUGGACACGGCGCUGGACCCCCCGGCGCUGGAGACCCCGGCGCUGGAGUCCCUGGACACGGCACUGGACCCCCCGGCGCUGGAGGACCCCGGCGCUGGAGUCCCUGGACACGGCGCUGGACCCCCCGGCGCUGGAGACCCCGGCGCUGGAGUCCCGGGACACGGCGCUGGAACCCCCCGGCGCUAGACGGAGGCCUGGAGGCGGACCCCGGCGAGGAAGAGGAAGAGGACGGAGACGAGGAAGGGAAACCCGCCGCACUCCGAGGGGACGGCCCCGGGGAGCUCUCCUGGGACCCCCCCCCCCGGGGAGGGCCCCCUCCCGGGGUGGAGGUGCUGCUGGGCCUCCUGCGGGGCUGGGAGUACCGGCCCGUCAGGCCCCAGAGAGGCAGCCGGCUGCCGCUGCUCGUCAAGGCCCGGCUGUACAGAGGGCUGUCCCUGAGCCUCCCCGGGCCCCUGAGAGGCCCCUACUGCGGGGCGGCGGACUGUGAGCUGGACCCCUACGCCCAUCCACACCUCCACCCGGCGCUGCCCGAGGUGGUGGUCACCUCCACCCAGCAGGAGCUGCGCUCGGAGCUGGGGGACUUGGAGGCGCAGUGGGAGGAGGAGUACGUGGCGUGCGGGCCCUUCCGCUUCCAGCAGAGGCUGAUUGAGGAGCAGCAGGGCCAGCUGUCUGGCUAUGAGAGUGCCGCGGGUCAGUUUGUGGGAGAGCUGCAGAAGGCCCAGGGCCAGGUGUGCUCCCUGCAGGCCAAGAUCAGGGAGAGUGUCGGUGUGAAUCAGAAGCUGCGGCAGCGUCUGGGGGAGAUGGAGCUGGAGCUGCACUCGGCCAGAGAGGCGUCGCUGAGGCAGGAACGCAACCUCCAGAACCUCAGCGACACCGUGGCCUCCAAGGAGACGGAGGCUGCUGAGUUAUACCGAGUGGUAGAGGAGCAGAACCACACACUGUGCUCCCUCAAAGAGCUGGCCGGCCAGAACCAGCUGCAGGUAGGAGACACGGCAGCAGUGCGGGCUGGAGGGGUCCCGGGGCUGGCCGAGGUGCUGGCCCUGCAGGCCUCCCUGUUCCAGGCCCAGCUGGAGCUGCAGGCGGCGGACCGCAGCCAGCGGCAGGCCGGCCACGCCCAGGAGAACCUCCGCCGCGCCCUGGAGCGCCUGGAGGCCGACCUGGAGGGGGCGCUGCAGCACCGCCGGGACACCCAGAGGCACACGCAGGAGCUCCAUGUCGCCAUGGAGACGGCCCGCCAGGCUCUGCAGGAGAGCGAGGAGCGGCUGGGAGAGAAGGAGGCGCAGAGACAGCAGGAGGGGGGGGGAAGAGGAAGCAUCAGGGGGCUGAGGACCUCACUGCAGGCCAAAGAGCAGCAGCUACAGGACGCCGCUGAGCUCCUGGAGCAGCAGCAGGGCCCGGCGGGGAAGAGAGACUCUCUGCUGCACACACUCCGCCAGCGCAUCAAGGAGAGGGACCGCGCCCUGGAGCGGGCGGUGGACGAGAAGUUCCGCCUUGUGGAGGAGGCGGAGCAGGAGGUGGGCCGGCUGCAGCUGGCCGGGCGGGAGAAGGAGCGGGACCUGGAGUGCCAGCGCUGCGUGCUGGCCAACAACGAGGAGACCAUCGCCAGCCUGGAGGUGCUGCUGCGGGGGAAGGCCCUGGAGGCCCAGCAGGUGGGCGAGGCGGGCCGCAGCGCGCGGCAGCAGCAGCGGGAGAGCGCCGAGCGGCAGGCGCUCGCUCUGCGGGAGCGGGACGCCAUCAUCAGCCAGAUGCAGAGCGCCCUGCACGGCCGCAGCCAGGAGGCAGAGGACCUGCGCCGCUCCCUGAUUGGCCAGCUCCAGCUGGGCCCGCCCCAGGUGCUGGAGGAGCUGAAGGCCCGCCUCCGUCUGAAGGACCGCCUCUUCCAGGACGUGCUGGCGGACCGCGGCCGGCAGGCCCAGGAGCACCAGGCCCACGUCCAGGACCUGCUCAACACCCUGGGGGCCCGGGACCAGUACAUCCAGGACGCGGCGCGGCGGCAGGGCGAGCUGAUGGGCGAGCAGAGCGGACGGCUGCAGGAGCUGCGGCGCCAGCUGAGCUGCAGAGGUCAGAGGUCGGAGGUCAGAGGUCAGAGGUCGGACUCCCUGUCGGACGGGGAGCUGGCGGAGGUGAGGGAGGAGCUGACCCUGGCCGUGAGGAGGGUGAUGGAGGCGCAGCAGGAGAGCGACAACCAGGCCGCCCGCAUGGAGGGCCUCACGCGGGCCCUCAGCGCCAAGGAGGAGCUCAUCAAGGGUUUCCAGAGGCAGCUGGCGGACCAGUCCGACCUCCCGUUGGUGGAGGUGCUGACUCAGGAGAUCCAGGAGCUGAGGGAGAGGCUGGCCCCCGCCAGGGGCCCUCUGGGCCGGGACCGGCCGCACAACAACAGGCCGCCUGAGUUCGGAGAACUGAGCUCUGAAAGUGAGGAUGAUGAUGAGGACGAUGCCAACAGCGCGUAUACCUACAGCGUCGACGAAGAGGACUCCAGACUGACCGCUGAGUCCUUGGGGAACAUGAAGGGCCCAGAGUGUGGGUUCGAGGGCCCUGGUCUGGUGGAGGUGCAGCAGCUGGUGCAGCAGAAGCGGGCGGUGGAACGGGAGCUGGGGGAGCUGAAGGCUCAGCUGGGGACAGCCGGCUUCACCUCCCUCUCCCAGAUGAGGAAGGCACUGCUCAGCCUGCGCUUUGAGAACGAAGGCCUGAAGCAGCAGCUGACUGACGGACCCCCCAGCCCCCCAGUUGACCCCCCAGCCCCCCCAGCCCCAGCGGCCUCAGGUCAGCCAUGCGGAGGAGCUGGAGGAGGAGGAGCUGGAUCCUGGACCUGGGGGCGCUGCUCUCCCGCUCUCCACAGUCUCCCAGAGGAGUUGGAGGAGGCCCCACAGCGGCCCCGGAGGCCCCAGAGGCCCCGGCGGCGGGUAGGAGGCCGGCUGGGCGCCUGCAGCAGCAGGCCAGCCUGGCGCUCCAGGAGAGGCCUGAUGGUGUCGGAGGCCACCGUGCAGGCCCAGGAGGAGCAGCUCAAAGACUACCGCCUCCUGCUCACGGAGCCCUCGGUGCAGCAGAACAGUAAGCAGGUGCAGGUGGACCUCCAGGAUCUCGGCUACGAGACGUGCGGCCGCAGUGAGAACGAGGCGGAGAGAGAAGACACCAGCAGCCCAGAGUUUGACGACCUGGAGAUGUGCACGUCUCUGGAGUGCGGCUCCCAGUGGUGGCCCGCCAACCGCCCGGCCGCCCCCACCGCCAACACCACCUCCUCCAGCGCCACCGCCACCACCCCGUCCUCCACCCACCCCGGCACCGCCCCCUCCUCCACCCACCCCGGCACCGCCCCAGUAGGAGCGCUGCCCGCGCGGCGAGAGGCGCGUGCGCUGCAGCGGCUGGUGGAGGAGCUGCGGGCGCAGCUGGCGCGCUCCCAGGCGGUGGUCCGUGGCCUCCAGAGCCGCCUGCGCUCCUGCUCCUGCUCCUCCUCCUCCAGCGACCCCGCCCCGGCCACGCCCCGCAAGGUCAACUGGGGCGGCCCGCAGGAGGAGGGGGAGGAGGAGGAGGAGGAGGAGGGGGGCUGGGCGCCGGUGGGCGCGGGGGGGCAGCUGCGGGAGCUGGUGUGCCGCGUGGGGGCGCUGGAGGACCAGCUGAGGACCGGAGGCAAGGCCACGCCCCCCCGCGGCGAGGAGGGGAAGAAGGCGCCCGCGCCUCGCCUGGGUACGAGCCUCCGUCACGUCUCCGUCCCGGCUAACGAGCACCCAACGUUCGACCCCCUGACCCUCUCUCGUACCCCCCCCAGUAGGUUCGACCCCCUGAUCCAGGCCCAGGCGCGCGAGCUGUCCCACCUGAGGCAGCGCCUGCGUGAGGGCCGGGCCGCGUGCAGCACCCUGACCCAGCAGGGGGACACCACCAAGGCCUUGGAGGAGCUGCUGCGCGCCAACGACAUUGACUACUACACGGGCCAGAGCUUCAGGGAGCAGCUGGCCCAGAGCGCCUCGCUGGGCCAGAGGGUCGCCCACAAGCUCAGCGGACGAGAUCAUCCAGAACACCCCGAUGAUAAGACUGAGCUGCUGGCCAUCCGGCUCAGUAAGGAGCUCCAGCAGAAGGACAAGGUCAUCGAGUCUCUGCGGGCCAAGCUGGACCAGCAGCAGUCCCAUCACUACGGCAACCAGCGCUCUGACACGCCCUGCAGCAGCCACGCCCUCUCCGACACCACCACCGGGUCCCAAUCGGAUCGCAUCUCCUAUGUGUCCGAUGAGCGGGGCUCCACCAAUGAGGACCUGGAGCUCAGCUCGGAGAUGGACGCGGCCAGUGAGUUCGGUCCGGAGGGACGGGCGUCGGCCAGAUCCAGCACAGGUACGUUCACUGAUGCCCGUCCCGGUCGGAGGCCAUGUCCCACCAUCCGUCUGCCCCCCCGUCCCACGCUUCCUCUCACAGAGCGUUUUCCUCCUUCAGCUCUCCCAGCAUGCACUGGGCUCUGCACAAGGCUGCCAGCUCCCACAGCCAGACAGUUCCCGGACUGCCUCCUAUCCCUCUGUCUUCGUCUGCGCCCCCCUAUGCUGGGGCGGCCCCCGCCUUCACCUCUAGCCCCCCCCCCCCAUCCCUCCUCCGGCCCCCGCCGACCCCCGCCCUCUGACCCCCACUCCCAUGUCUUGCGCCCCCGUUUCCGAGGCCAGCGGGGGGUGGGGUUCUCCCUGGCGGAGGUGCAACAGGAGCUGCACACGCUGCAGCGGCAGCUGGGACACAGCUCCUCCUACGCCCCCCCCUGGCCCUCCAGAGGACCCCUCUGCUGGGCCCCCCCACGACCCCCUCCGGCUUCCCGCCCCUCGUUACCACGGCCUGCUGCCCGCGCCGCUGGGCGGCCCCGCCCACCUGGCGGCCGGCCCGGCACCAUGCAGGCGGAGGCCGGCCUGCUGGAGGGCAGUGCAUUGUGGGACAUGAGCUACGGCGGCCUCGCCAUGAGGGCGGCGCCGGACCUGUCGUCGGGGUCGUCCGGCUACCAAUCAGGCACCAGCACACAGGUAGAGCUGAGUGUCGCUGUGUCGUGUGCUGCAGGCUCAGAGCUGAUGAAAGAGCAUCUGAGGGAGAUCCGCAGCCUGAGGCAGCGUCUGGAGGACUCCAUCCAGACCAACGACCGCCUCCGGCAGCAGCUGGAGGAGAGGCUGGCCCUCGCCGCCAGAGAGAAGGGUAACGCACACACACGCACACAUACACGCACACAUACACACACACAUACACACACACACGCACACAUACACACACACAUACACACACACACGCACACAUACACACACACAUACACACACACACGCACACAUACACACACACAUACACGCACACAUACACACACACAUACACACACACACACACACACACAUACACACACGCACGCACGCAUACACACACAUGAACACAAACACACACACACACACACAAAACAUGGGAAUAUAAAACACGAACACUAUGUCUGUGUUCUUCUGAGUCCCCUGGUCCCUGGGCCGGGUCCUUUAACGCCCUGGACCUCCUCUCCCUCUCAGGCCGUAGAUAUGGGCUCCGUCAGAGCGCUGCUGGCCAACACCCACACCCUGGGUCAGAUCCUCCAGGAGGCCCACUCUCUGCUCAGGAUGUUCUGGAGAGCUGCUCUGCCCAGCUCUGACAGCACCAAGCAGCAGAAGGAGGAGCUGGUGGCGCUCCGGGUGAAGCUCUCGGAGCAGGGGGAGGCUCUCCGGGACGCCAAGGAGCGUCUGAGGAGCAGCAGCCUCAACCAGGACACCAUGGAGACCUUCAUCGUCAGCCAGCUGUCAAGAACCAGGGACGUCUUGAAGAAGGCCAAGACUAACCUACAGGAGAAUGAGCGCAAGAUCUGCUCCCUCCGCCUCUCUCCUUCCUCCCAAGCCUCGUUCUCCCCCUCUCUCUGCCCCCCUCCCUCCUGCUCCCCCCCUCAGCCCCCUGCGGGGAAAGGUCAAAACUCAGGACGCUUCUGUGAGCUCACUCUCUCUCCUGAUUGGGGUGUCUUGAAGGCCCGACGUCCCACCACACUCCAGCUGGCCGUCUGUUGAGUGGUUCCUGGGGAGGUUGCCUGGGACAGACUCUCCUCCAACAUGCUGUUCAGACUGCCUUCCUGGCCGAGGUUUCAAUCCUGCAACAAAAACCGUGGUCUGCUUUAGGAACACAACCAGGAAUAGGUCCUCACGGAUCUCUGAGUUGUCUUGGGGAACAGUGUUUGAGUGAUGUGUGUAAAAAUCCCUUUUGCUGAGGUGAAUGAGUGUGAUGUCAGAGGCUGAUUUAUAACUGUGGAUGAAUGUCGAUCUCCUAAGGGCUGUGUCUUAUUUGUGUACAGUGGAGUUGAUCGUUAAGGGCUUUUAUUAAGGCUCCACAGGUUAAUGGUUGUUCUCUUUUCUUUGAGUUUCUGUCUGAUCUCAGCUGGGAUUAACAUUUUAGAAUAUUAUCCAUGUCAUUGGAGAUAGAGCUUUGAAAAACCAAAACCAAAGUGCUUCCAUUUGAGGUAGUGAUUUAUAAUAAUGCUAAUGUUUGAUAGUGUAUAUAAUAGCUGCAUGUGGUUAGAUCAUCUAACAGGAAAAAGCCAUAUUGUUUAACAAAACAAAUUAUAAUUUUUUUGCCUAGUAUUAUGAAAGCUACAGAUAAGGUUAACGCCUUAUAAUAUUUGGAUCAAAUCAAGGUAAUUUACAGAGCUAAUUUUUUCAGAUCAUUUUUAUUAUUAAUUUUUACAAAAUGAGAGACCGGUCCAACCUUUCACUCUGCUUAUAUGCCAAAACAUGCAUUCAUAAACAUUUGAACAUAUUCAAUGCAAACUGCUGUUUGCUGUCACUGCGUUUAAAAGAUUUGACAUAAUUAUGAAGACAAUUAAUGGAAAGCAGCAGUUUAUUUUAGACUACUAAACAGAAGAGAAAAAGCACCCGUGUAGAUUUGUUUGAUAACUUAUUUGCCUUUCGUUUGUGAAAUUAGAAAAGGGAUUUGAUAUUUUUAAAAUGGUCCAAGUGGUACAAUGUUUUAUUUGAUCAACUAUUUAUGUUAAAAAUAUAGUUGUGAAAAUAGUCCAAACUCAAGUAUGACCCUUUUAUACAUUGAUUAUUAUUAUUUUGUAACUUUUGAAAGCCAGUUCAACUUGAAUUAUUUUUGCAUUUUUACAUUUAAAGUACAUGUCCCUGUUAGCAUUUCUGACAAUCAUUAGAUAAAAGACAAUCUGAAAUAUUUUAAAGGACACAGUGUGAGUCCAGUUUGCUUUGGUUAAAUAUAUGUUAAAUCGCUUGUUGCUUUUAGUGCAUGAAUUGUUAUAUUGCUAAUAUUCACAUACCAUGCAUGUUAUGGGUUACAGUGCAAUAACGUCUCCAGUUGCUGUCUAGCUGCUGAGACACAUAUUUCAAAUGUCUUUGCUCCUCAUAAAUAAGAAAUAACUUGGACAACAUUUUCAACCAUUAUGAUGACUUUCUUUCUUAGAGUAUUUAUUUAAUAGAAGUAGGUGGCACAACGUCUAAAGUGAUUACAGUUUGUAACCCUUAAAGCACAACCAUUAGGCAUAUUAAACAAAUAAAUGAACCAAAGUGUUGUCAAAUUGGGUGUCUUCAAAUGUAUAUCGUGUGUCAUUUAUAAUAAUCCAAAAACCUGUCUGUAAUCUGCUUCACUGUGAGCCAUUUUAGAUGUAUGUAUGUAUGUAUGUAUGUAUGUAUGUAUGUAUGUAUGUAUGUAUGUAUGUAUGUAUGUAUGUAUGUAUGUAUGUAUGUAUGUAUGUAUGUAUGUAUGUAUGUAUGUAUGUAUGUAUGUAUGUAUGUAUGUAUGUAUGUAUGUAUGUAUGUAAACAAGGGAGUGUAAACUAAUGCAAGUUUUGGUGGCUGUAAAUCUGGGUCUUUCAAUUGUGGCCUAGUUUAUUUCAUGCAUGUGAUAGCCUAUCCUAAAAUGUUUUUGGGUAAACAUAUUUUGCAAUAAAACGAUGACCCCCUUCUCA